UGCAAAUUAGCAAAUUUUGUAAGCACUUCGUUGCACCAACAACUUUUACUUAUCUCUCCCUUCUCUCAAUUUGCUAAGUUUUGCAUUGUUUUGCUAAAAAUAAUUUCACCUAUCAUGACAAUGAUAAGUUUAGUCUGAACAAAUUAAUCAGUGCCUUAGUACGUGCUCGAGCUUCGUGAAAUAUUAAUAGGAGUAAAAAAAAAACUAACAAAAUGCUUCGAUUCGAACUUUUUAGUAUUUUGGAAGACGAACAUUCGCACAAUUCGCGUGUUACAAACGAAAGGAUCAAUUACAAUUUGGAUAUUAGUGCGGUAGAAAAUUUUCGGCUAACUCGUAGCCAAAUUGAAAAAAUUUUGCUAAAAACAGGAGCGCAUCUGCAAUACACUAGUAAGCGUAAUAUGUGCUUAAACCCCCUGCAACAGUUAUUAACCACUCUGCACUGGUUAGGUAAUGGUGGCCAAUAUCAUGGAAUUGCGAAAAUGCAUGGGGUUCACAAAUCAACGGUGUGCAGAGUAAUCUAUCGAGUGGCAAAUAUCGUGAUAAACGAGUUCAUGGACGUAACUAUUCGUUGGCCAGAAUUUGAAGAAAAUCAAAAUAUCGCCACACAGUUUUUUAAUAUUGGUGGAUUUCCACAAGUCGCAGGGUGCAUUGACGGAACGAUGAUUGAUACAGACGCGCCUAACGUUAACGAGGAACAAUUUGUGAAUAGGCACGGAAAUCAUGCGAUUAAUGCAAUGAUGGUUUGUGGACCUAAUUUUCAGAUUUAUGCAGUAAAUUGUAAUUGGCCAGGGAGUGUGCACGAUGCCAGAGUCCUACGUAAUUCUAAUUUGUUCGGCAGAUUUGAAAACGGAUUCCGUCCAUUCCCUAAUGCCGUAAUUUUAGGAGAUAGUGCUUAUCCGUUACUGAAUUGGCUAAUUCCUCCUUUGCGAAACAAUCCGACGUCGCCACAAGAGCAGCUUUUUAAUAGAGCGCAUAAAAAAACAAGGAGGAUUAUUGAAAAUUGUUUCGGUAUCCUUAAAGAAAAGUUUCCUUGCUUGAACCAUUUACGGUUGCAGCCAGAAAAAGCAGCGAAAAUAAUAAUAAUGUGCUGCACUUUCCACAACAUUUGUCGAAUGGAUGCACAAAAUGAUGUGGAUUAUGACGAAGAAAUUAUGAAUGGAGCAAAUGAAAAUGAAAAAGAGCAGUCCUUUCAGAACACGGAGUCACUAAACAAUUCUGAAAGGCUCCAAAGUCUGCUAAAUUGGUUUAAUUAAUAAUUUCUUCUUUUAUAAGAAACCUUAUUACAAAAAAAUUAAUGCCUUACCCACGAGUUUACAGGUUACGAAACUUUAAUUUGUACACAUUUGUUAUUUUAUUUGGAUUUGGAUUUACAUAUAUAUAUAUUUUAAACUUAAAUUCUUCUUAAUAUAAAGUUUUCAGAAAAAAAAAAUAAAAUAAAAAGAAAAAAAUGAAAUCAAAUAAUUCAGUAAUAUACAUAUGUAUGUAUAUACUAAAAAUUAUUAUUAAUACGACAGCAGCGGACUUAAUGAGAGAGUUUUAUCAUUUUCAUUCAUUGACUCCUUCUCCAAAUCCGCUGUGAAUUUUGAUCGUUUCAAACCUAAUUUUUGUUCUAAUGACAAAAUUGUUAGCUUAUUUUUGUAAAUUUCGGUUUCUAAGAGUUCAAGCUUCAACUCCUCAUGUCUAUCUUGUAAAUUAUAUGUUCUUUUCCUGUUGGUUGGUCUCGUCCUUUCUGGUUGGAUUUGUUCCAAUAUAUUGUCCAAAUUGGAGGACACUCCAUCGCUUUCGGGUUGGCCGAGACCCUGAACAACUGUCGACUCAUUGCCCAAAAUGUCAAGUAUGUAGUUGUCGACUUCAUCCAGCAAUACGUUUUUGCCACCCACAGUGCCUGUCCUCUUGGCAUUGUCUUUUUUUGCCUAAAAUGAAGCGAAUUUUUAAAUUAUAACUAGCUAAUUAUUAAAAAAAAAAAAACAAGAUCCUGCUGUGCAUGUACACGAAGUAAGAAUUGAAUCUUGUUGAAAAUAACUGUUAGCUGCAGCAAAAAAUCUAAGGAAUAACAAUAAUUUAAUCGUCGCAGCGAAUAAUGGUGUAAACAACAAAACUACAGAAAUACUCUUGCAAUUUUGUUGCUUUAGCUGGAAUUAGACCGUUUGUGCAUUUAAAUAAAUUUCACUCACUUGCAAGCUCACUUGCUUUUAUUUAAUUGCUAUUCCUAGAAUCGACCGAAAAUUUUUUGAAAAUAACAAAUUAUAACAAAAUUACCAAAGUUCGGCUCUUCCAAAGGCCAAAUAAAUUAUCUCUGGCAUAAGUCCAUUCGCGAUUAGCAGCAGCUAGUCCGAGGGAUUGUGCCGUCUUUAGAACUUCAGUCCAACCAUCUUGCUUUUGCGUUUUGCAAGUUGCAUUAUUUUGAAAAUAUCCAAAUAAAGAAUCCUUAAAUGUAGAUAAAUAUAUUUAUUGCAUAUUCAUGUAUACAUUCUAAAUAUGAUAAUCAAAAUAAACUUACUUUUUUCCCCUUUAU